AUGAAAGGGCCACAUCCACAUCGUGAGUCUGGAUUGCCCCGCCUUUAAAGGAGACUAAAGUCAAUAUCAAUUAUCGACUUCUUCUCAUCUGACUCGUAAACCUUCCACUCUUCGCUUUAUCCCACAAAACUCAAUUCUUCUACCCCGCGAGAGGCUGGGAAUACCGGCAUGUUAUUGUAAUGGGUUGGCCUCCAGCAGUAGUCAUCGUUGUCAGGCAUGGUGCACGUCUGGAUGCAGCAGAUAAACAGUGGCAUCUCACCUCUCCGACGCCCUACGAUCCCCCUUUGACCUACGGCGGGUGGACACAAUCCAGAGCUCUGGGCACGAGGAUUGCCAGUAUUCUACGAUCCAGGGAGACAGACGAUGAAGUGCUUGGAGAAGGACAAAAUGGACUGGCAAGGAAGAGGAGGCAUAAGGUCGUCAUUCAUACCAGUCCCUUCCUGAGAUGCGUGCAGACUUCUGUUGCCAUCAGUGCGGGGUUGGCACAGAAUCCUGGACAUACACAUCACCACCACAAAAGCCCUUCUUCACCAUUAGUCAAGGCAACGCAGAUGCAGUCUUCCCCUAGAAUACGCCCUACCCUUGCAACUGGAUCUCCUUCCCUUGCACCAAUCGCGGAACCUGUUUCUUCGAAGCUCAAUGGUAAACUCAACAACGAGCAGCAGGAAAAUAUCAAGAAGGCAACUCUACGUGUCGAUGCGUUUCUUGGAGAGUGGUUAUCUCCGGAUUACUUUGAACAUAUCACACCCCCUCCUAGCUCUGUUAUGAUGGUUGCAGGAGCCAAGGCAGAUCUGCUGAGGAAGGAGGACUACAGCAGCUUAACGCACAUUCGUGAUCCAGCAACAGCCUCUGUUGGUUUUCCAGGUGGCUGGGGAAGCCCUAUUGUUAUGGCAGAGAAGAAAGAGGACGAUGGAGCACUGUCAACUCUAUCCACCCUUGGACAAUCACUUCCUCGACGAGACCGAACUAGCAGCCUGAGUAGCGUGGGUAGCAGUGGAAGUCGUCAAAGCCAUCGAAGCGCCACAAAUCUACCUUCAGCUGCAGAACACGGAGUAUACCAACCACCCAUUCCAGCAUACGCUAUCUCAGGAUCAGAUCCUAUUCCAGCUGGAUAUACCGCUCAUUCACGAGAUGCUUGCGUUGAUGUCGACUAUCAAUGGGACAGCAUGAGAGAGCCACAGGAAUGGGGAAAUGGUGGAGAGUAUGGUGAGGAAUGGAGUUCCAUGCACAAGAGAUUUCGGAAGGGAUUGCAACAAUUGGUUGGAUGGUACAGCAAUAUCGAUGAUCCCAGUAAGCUGUUGACAAAGUCCAGCAACACAAGUCACCUGCGCCCAAACACGGAGGAUAAUUCGGAAGACGAGGAUACGGAUCUUGUGAUCAUCUUGGUUACACACGGAGCAGGAUGUAAUGCGCUGAUUGGAGCAUUGACAAAUCAGCCAGUAUUGCUGGAUGUCGGGAUGGCUUCACUCACAAUGGCUGUACGAAAGCCAACUCCUACCAACUCUCCAGCCACCACGCCAGGUCACUCUAGGGCAUCUUCCCGGACUGUGUUGAUAUCUGAUCAGUACGACGUGAAACUGGUUGCAAACACUGAGCACUUGCGAAGCACGUCAUCAACCCCUUCGACAUCCCGCUCGCCCUCCUUAGCUGGCUUACCUACAUUUCGAGAGUCUUUCCGUGAGAGAUACGUCAGUAACAGCGGUUCUCUCGAUGGCUCGACUUUUGCAAAGAACAGACCAGUACCAACAUCUGGCAAUUUCGGUAGUAUCCGCCGCACAGCUAGCAUCGCUGGAUCGGGUCCUCGCAGCUAUACCCCCACCCGCCAGACCACCAUCGGGCUCUGGAGUGCACCACAACCUGAAGAAGAAGCCCCUGACGAAGAACCAGAAGAUGACAUGAUUUUGAACUUUGGCGACGACUCGGGUGCCGUUAAGCAAGCUGAGAAAGACGACGCUAUAGCCGUUGAGGAUGGGAAAGAUGCUGAGAAGGAAGAAGACGAUGUUGCUCCACUAGGUGGGUUAUGGGGAAAUCCUCGACCACCUGGAUACGCGGAGAAAAUCCGCGAAAUCGCGCCCAAGAGACGCUGGACUGUGAAUGAGCGAGGAUGAAUUGCUUACUGUAGAGCCAGAGCGAGCAUAGUAAUCCUCGAUGGAACGAACAAAAGUACCAAAAUAACAGAGACGAAACGAAAACAAAAUAGCAUUCAUAAGUAGCGAGGGAGUUUUGGCGAAAAUGGCUCGACCUUUUUCUCUUGAUCACGGACGGACGAUCUUCUUGUAAUGGCACGGCAUGGUAUGCGUUUUUAUGUUUGGGCGAUAUUGGCAUUUCCAGUGCUGCUCUAGAAAGUGGCAGGGAGGUAUAGAAUAUCAUGCAUGGCUUCAUUCUGCUCACUCUGGCCCUCAGCUUCUUGUACCUCUGCUUGAUUACGGGACGAGAGCUACAUUGCAGUCUUUCUCGUACCUUUUUCCUUCUCCUUCUCUGAAACCUUCCCUCUCGCUUUUCCUUCCUCUUUAUCCCUCCCCUUCGUCUUAUUCUCCGGCGACCUACCUUUCACUGCCUUACCACCAAUUAUCACCGACUUCUUUCCCUCCCUCUCCACCACCUUCUCUUUCUCCUUUCUCUUCCCCUUUAUAUUUUCUACUCCCUCUUCCUCCUUGUCUUUUGCAUCACUAUUCUCCCCCUUCACAGCAGUCUUCCUCACAGUCCUCUUGACCGUCCUCACCGUAGUAGUUCCCACCUUAACCCACCUUCCCUGCGGCACAAUCCCCAUCCUCGCCAUCUCCUCGGGAGAUAACUGUUCUUCGCCUACAAUCGCCGGCUGCCGUCCGGACUCUAGUUAGCCAGUUUCGUUAUCUUUAAAGGGGGGCCUUUUUUUCUUGGAAGAAGCGUUUGCUGGAUCGGUCAAGGUGAUAUAUAGUGAAUAUGGGAAAGGGGGUAUAGAGGGGAAGGGAAAGGUAGUCAGCGG